AUGGCGGACGAGGAUUUUUCACAGGCCUCUGCGGAAGCUAAUCGCGAAAUGACGCGGUUAUGGCGCACAUGGAAGACCGUCUUUGAAAUGUUGCUCGACCGAGGCUAUGAGGUUACUGAGGAAGAAGUGAAGAUCUCGUUAAAUGAUUUCCGGUCAAAAUAUGCAGAUACACUCGGCUUCCCAGACGCGCCCAGUCGCAACAAGAUGCGUAUUAGCGCCCGUCCGUCUCAAGCCAUGAUCGAGAAAUACACUCCCCUCCCUUCUCCCGCAAAACCCAAUCCAGUCGCCGAAUGUGGCACUAUCUACGUCGAAUUCUGCGCCGACGCCCAGGGUGUGGGAACCAAGCAGGUCCGCGCCUUCAACCACUUCGUCGACGAACAAAAUUAUCAUACGGGUAUCUUUAUAACCCAAUCGCCCAUCUCUCCGUCCGCCGUUCGCUUAUUAACCGGCAUUCCCGGGCGGUUCUGCGAGCAUUUCCUGGAGCAGGAGUUGCUGGUGAACAUCACACAUCACGAGCUGGUGCCGAAGCAUUUAUUGUUGAGCGCCGAAGAGAAGAAGAGGUUGUUGCAUCGGUAUCGGCUGAAGGAAUCGCAGCUUCCCCGAAUUCAGAUCGGCGAUCCAGUGGCCAAGUACCUAGGUUUGAGAAGAGGGCAGGUUGUAAAGAUUAUUCGGAAGAGCGAGACCGCUGGAAGAUAUGCCAGUUACCGAUGGGUUACUUAA